AUGAAUACUCUUGAUAAACAAUUGGCAGAUUUGCGAAUCUACGCAAAUGAAUUAGAUGCUAAAUUACAAGAUGAUAUAAAUGCUGCAAAAUUGAAACCCUCGAUUCCUCCCAAAAAAAACAAAGCACCUUUACCUCAGAUACCCCAGAGUUUUACAGUAAAAUCUGCUUGUGAGCCUUCCUAUUCUUCAAGAUUAGAGUACGGCAGCCGUACUAGUUCAACAUACUCGAACCUAGUGCCAGUGAAGAGUUGUAUCGUGAGGAAUUCGGCUAGAGUACGUAGUGGCGAUGUCCUUUUGUAUAGUAAUUUGUUACCACCAGGAGGCACAAACCAUGUUUAUUCGAACAUCCCUAUGCAACGCAAUAUUGAAGGUUUUUACGACCGAGAUACUCGAUCUGAAGUAUCGAGAAUAAGCGAUUUAGGGGUGCAAUCGACUUAUAGCGAGUUACGGCGACCUGGGUCUGCUUAUCCACCGUCUUCUGCUUCAGUGAAUGCUCAGGACUUUUCUACAUAUGGUGGAUCUCAGACUUCGUCCACUUAUGAGUCUUUGUAUGAACCAAUUAACCCUAGACCAUGCAGUCAGCUGUCUGGAACAUCUUUGUAUAGUGGUUAUGUUGGUACGGCUAUUGAGCCUAUACCUGAACCUGAUGAAGCAUUAUAUUGUGGUAAUUGCUACCGAUGUGGUGAAAAAAUCAUGGGAGAGACGACUGGUUGUACUGCUAUGGAAAGAAUAUAUCACAUUAAAUGUUUUUGUUGUCACCAAUGUGCCAUUAAUCUUCAGGGCAGGCCCUUCUAUGCUGUUCAAGGCAAAGCUCUAUGCGAAAGAGAUUAUUUGGAAACACUUGAAAAAUGUUGUGUUUGUGGCGACCCUAUACUCGAUCGUAUUUUGAGAGCAACUGGGAAGCCCUAUCACCCCCGCUGCUUUACUUGUGUAGUAUGUCAAAAGAGUCUUGAUGGUAUUCCAUUCACUGUGGAUGCUGUUAAUCGCAUUCAUUGUAUUGAAGAUUUUCAUAAAAGAUAUGCCCCGCGUUGUGCUCGUUGUAGAGAGCCCAUUAUACCCGAAGGUGGUAAUGAAGAAACAGUAAGAAUAGUAGCUUUAGACAAAAGCUUUCACAUUGCUUGUUAUUCAUGUGAGGAUUGCGGUGCUUCGCUCUGUUCUAAAGAAGAAGGAAGAGGUUGCUACCCGUUAGAUGGCCAUUUAUACUGCAGAGAAUGUAAUGCAAGACGUAUUCAGGACUUGUCCCGAAAUAUUAAU